CCACGUCAUCCCCCGCUACACGUAUGCCAGGUGUAGGACCUGAAUUAUCAAGAUAUCGCUGGAUUUGUCUACACGCCCGUUUUAUGGCUGAAAUGCAGAAUCUUGUGUCGGGCCAAUGACUGAGGCAGGGGAGGAAGAGGGCAGGACGGUGACCUUUGACCCCGAGGACGCGGUGGUGUACACGGCGGUUGGGCUGAUCGUGUGUGGGGUGGUCUGUAUGGUGGUGGGUUACACUGUCCCCCGGGACUACACCUUCAACCCGUACGCCCGGGCGCGCGACAUGGAGGCCAUAGAGAUCUACUACGCCCACCUCUCCCAGUCACUCGAUCUUAUCAUUGUGAUCGGGAUGGGGUUUAUUGCCAUUGGCGGCAUUAUCUUAUCUUCACUGAUUACCUACAUCGGUUGCACUGAAUCCACGACGCAGCAUUCGGUUCCUUCCGAGCGUAGUGCCAUUAUUUCUUCUAGGGGUAGGGGCUAUGGCACCAGCGCGGGCACUACCCCCACGCCCCGCUCGGCCGGCGGUGAUAUCGCAUUGUGCGAGAGGUGACGAAUAGGACUUAGCAGGAAUUUACUUCAAACGGUAGACAUAGACUGAAAGUCAGAAAUGCUGACAUCAUAUCGAUGAUUUAGCGGACGAUUUCAUGAGAAGGUCUAUUUGCCUUGUGUAUAUGGUUUAAUGACCGAACUCCCACAAAAGAUUAAACUAUUUAGGGUCGAUAUAAAGUUUCAUAUUUCUAAAUUGAUAGUCUUCAUUUGAUCCGACACAGCUCUUUAUAGACUUAUCAUAAAAUAUUGUUUUUGUUGGAGAUAACUCGAUUGGAAAACAGCUAUAAGCAACAUUGUUGCGUGCCAAGAAUCACUUGAUGUUUCUUUGGUGUCGAAAUCCGGGUUAAAAAAGAUGCAACCGAGUGAUAUGUACAUCUGAUUUAACUAAUGGUAAUUUGCAGACAAAUUAGUGCCGAUUCCCUCAAAGGUCAAGGAGAAGAGACUCUCAAACAAAAGCCAUAUUAUGUAAUACUGCUUUAUAUGUGUGAUAACUGUCGAGAACAUACAUUCCUAUCUUUGAAGCAUCUCGGCUUCUUCAGUUUGUAUAUAGAGCAUUUCAACUGCAUCUGUUGCGACAGAAAUGCAUUUAAUAUGCGUGAUUUUUCAAAUAAACUGACUGCAAUAGUUUUCAUGAGUUGGUCUAUUAGAUGGACAAAAAAUGGUUUAUUCCUAGAAACCUAUUCUGCUCUUUCAGCACUUGUUCUGUUAAAUGGAACACCAGUAUUGUUAUAUCAGC